CGUCGCGUCCAUUUGCAUUACUACCAAGCAAGAUGUCGGAGAGUGAGAAACUUCGGAAGAUUUUCAUCGGUGGAUUAAACUGGAAUACCACCGAAGAAGGUCUCAAGGACUAUUUUUCGCAAUGGGGAACAAUUGUAGACUGUGUUAUUAUGAAGAGAGAUGGGAGAUCUCGCGGGUUUGGUUUUGUAACUUACGAAUCAUCAGACUCGGUAAAUGAGGUUCUGAAGAAGAAGGACCAUGUGCUUGAUGAUCGGGAAAUCGAACCUAAACGUUCAGUUCCUAGAGAUGAAUCCGGCGCCCCCGAAGCAAUGUCUAAGACCAGAAAGAUCUUCGUCGGCGGGCUAGCUAGUACUACAGUGGAAGAAGAUAUCAAAGAGUAUUUUAACAGUCUGUGUCGAAAGAAUGGUAUGGGAGAAGUUAUAGACGUUGACCUGAAGCGAGACAGAGACAAUCCGAAGCGUAUUCGAGGGUUUGCCUUCGUUACAUUUGAUAACGAUGAGAUUGUCGAGAAAGUGUGCGCAAUGAAGUACCACGAGAUAAGAAUGAAGCAGUGUGAAGUGAAAAAAGCCGAGCCUCAGUCUGCCAUGAGAAAGAAAGACGAGCAGGAAUACAAUAGCCGGUCCUCGCGGGACAAAGAUCGGGAUUAUCGAGACCGCGAUUUUGGCCGUGACCGGGAUUACCGUGAUCGAGAUUACCGUGAUCAUCGCGACCGAGACCGGGAUCGCGAUCGCGACCGGGACCGCGACCGUCGUGAUGACCGAGGUAGUACUAAACUGGAUGCGAACGGGCAUCACAGUGACAAGAGUAGCAGGAAUGGGGAAGGCAGCUUUGGUUACCUAAAUCCAUUUGCAUUUGGUGCUAGUGGUUUUAACCCAGCUUUUGCUGGCUUUGGUAGUAUGGGAUUUGGUGGUUUCCCUGGUGCUUUUGGCUAUGGUGGGUUCCCAAGUGGUUUUGGUGGGUUUGGUUUUGGUGCUGACAAGGCUGGCUAUAGUAGUGAGAGUAGAGGUUAUUCUGGAACGGCAGACCCUGAUGUUGCUGGCGGGCGGGGUAGUAUUCCAUUGUCUUCUAGGGAAAGUGCUGGAUAUGGUGGAGCAGGUGCUACCCCAUAUAGUGGUUAUAGUCAGAUGACUGCUGCCGCCAUGGCCUCAGGAACUCCUUCAGAAUUCUCAGGUAGCUAUCCACCAGGCAUGUUUAACUCUGGGUAUGGUUACGGGACAAGUGCUGCAGGGGCGAGCUCUAGUACAGAAACCCCCUCUGCGAAAGGCUUUCCUGCUUCAGCUACUCCAGAAUUCCCUUUGGGAAGCUACAGUCAGAUGAGUUCCAGUUUUGGUCCUUCAGCGAGGGGUGGCUCAGCACGCUCCUUGCCAAGCACAGACUCCAAGUAUCGUCCAUACUAAAGGUCAUACCAAAGCUCUAGCCAGAGAAAUGCAGGCAGAAAUGCCAGAGCAGUGCAGACAAUAACUUAAAUGGUAUCUUAGCGGAAUGAAGAGGGAAGUGGCAGAGUGCAGGUGAUAAGUGACAAGGCAAGCAGCAGAAUGAAGAGUGUUAAUGACAAGGCAAGCAGCAGUGAACAGCAAAGGCAAGCAGUGAAGACAACAGUUCAUAAGGAAGCAACUCUGACAAGAGGCAACCAUAUAGCAAGAGCAAUCAACUUCAUAAAGCACAUACUGUAAGCCAUCACUAGGAGUUUCUUAGGAUAACAUUUAAGGAAUUGGGAAGCAUUAUUAUACAGUGUUUUAACUAAUUUAUUAGUACGUUCCUAGUAAGACAUAAUCCAAUGCAAUAGUAAUUACAACUUGAGUGUACAGUCCACUUUGAAUUUUUAAUCAUCAAGAUAAUAUUCUAGUUUACUGUGUAGUAGACAAAAGUUCAGUUCCAUGAGUUAUAUUCUAGAUUAUUUUGAAGUGAUAAAUUUUGACAAUAGCCUUAUGAUUGCUGUAGAAAUGGAAACUAAAUAAAGUGGAUUUUAGUGAA